GAGCCUCUGCCUCAUCUUCCUUCUAUUGCUUUCCUCGCUUUGUGCCUGGCACUGCUUACAGGGCUGGUAGCCCUUCUGGCCCUGUUUUUUCAGGUUUCCAAGGAUCUUGAGGAAGGAAAGAAGCUGCAGGAAAUGAGGGAAGCAUUGUGUUUUGAAGGGAAGAAGAAAAAUGAAACAAAAUGCGCUGUCUGUCCAGCAAGUUGGCAAAACAGCGGAGCUGACGACUGCUUCUACUUUUCAAAGCAGAAGAAAACAUGGAAGCAAAGCCAGGAGUUCUGUUCCUCAAGAAACUCCACUCUUCUUGUGCUAAAAGACAAAGCAAAGAUGGUUUCUCUGCCACAGGAUUCACAGUUUUACUGGGUUGGAUUAUCAUACGUAUCUGAAAGGAGCGGUUGGUACUGGGAGGAUGGAACAGCUUUUUCAAGGGAAGUGACAAAUUGGGUUAUGUUCUAUGACAAAUUCUUCUGUGCCUCCUUAUAUGGACGGAUUAUUUAUGCCAGUCACUCCUGUUCAACAAAGCAAUUCUGGAUCUGUGAGAAAGUGGCUGUUCACUUCGCCUGA